AUGGACACCAUAGAGAUGAAUGAUCUCAACCGACCGAAAGGGGCCGAAGGGGGUGAGGACGAAACAGUUAUUGAUGAUACACCUACUGACGAGGAUGAUUUCCUUUCAGGAGUAGACGACGAUCAAAGACUAGACGAUGUAAGAACCUCCAGUUUCCGAGAGGAGAACAAAAACGAUCCCUACAGGAAAAGGAAGAGACAGUUAGACAGACUGAGCACCAAUGGAAAAUUCGACGACAUGAAGAUAGAAUACGUCAGAAGUCUUUUCGGAACUGAGUAUCGAAUAGAUCCGACCGACGGACGAAACUCUCAGGAAUUUAUAUCCAGUUUAGACAUCACCAAAAACAAGUUGACAUUUAACGGGGCUGAUGUCGCUUACAUUGAUACGAUUGGUACCUACAGAAUGACCGGGAAUGAAAAGGCUACCGCAUCAUCAAGAAGAUUCCUUAAUCUGUACGAAAAAUCACUCGCCGAACACAGGGAAAGAGCCAAAAGUGUAGUCGAAGAGGAAACCGGAGGAGAAGCAUCGGGAGUAAACGCGGAAGAGAUUUUCGAAGACGCCGAGGAGGAAUUCCGUCAGGAAGUCAUCCACGCAAACGACAACCUCGUGGAACACGCAAGGGAGUUAAAGGAAAGUGGAAAAAUAACCGAACAGGAGAGGAGGGAAUUUGCGGGAGUCACCGUUCCCAAAGGACCCCCCGAAGUCAGGAUUAAAGCCUUAAGGGAACAGAAGAAAGUAUUCGAAACCAAUAUAGAACUAGAAACAGAUCUCGAAAGACGACAGAUUAUGCAAGAGGUAGGGAUGUUGCCGAACGGGGUAUAG